AUGUUUUUGACAGAUCAAUCCAAAAUAAUCAAGCAAGAGAUGUCAGAGCCUAGGUACGAUUUCAGUAAAAUACUAUUACAAUUCUCAAUUUUCGAAGAAUUCAUUUGAAAGGCACUUCGACAUUUUCAUACAUGGCCAUCAUAUCGAAGACUAUGGAGAAUUGAGACAGCUCACCAUUUCUAUUAAUUUAUUUAAAAAAACUCAUCAUGGAAGAACAGAACGAUAUCGAAGAGCACCUGAAAUCCUCCCAUCCCAUCAGCGUCCUCAGAAAUAACACUAUGAAGUUACUUUCAGCCAAAUUGAAUCCACCUAAAGUUAUUAACACAAGUGAAGGUCUCAGUAGGAACUGGAAAGGAUUCGCCGAGUUAUGUUCUAUAGAAUCAUAUUUGAUUUCCAACUGGGAGUUUAGCUCCGACCCGAUGAAGGAAGUGUUGAAAAUAUGGCAAGCUAAAGGGAACGAAGCUACUAUAGGUCGGAUGGUUGUUUUCUUGCAGAAAUUGGACCGCUGGGACGUCGUCGAGGAUAUCAGUACUCCUAUAGCUGAGGACAUCGAGUUCCACGUGCAACACCCCAAGGACCACAAGAAGCAGUCCCCGCUGUACCAGGACCUGGACAACUCCAUCCUGACCGUGGACGAUGUCGAGCACAUCGAGAAGAACAAGCAGCUGAUCCAGUACGACGCGUUCGUGCUGUUCGCCGACGACGACAUCGAUUUCGCCACCGAGGUCAUCGAGACGAUGGAGAAGCAGUACAGCCUCAAGUUCUGCGUCAAGGACUACCUCAUCGGCGGCCUGUUCGAGCACGAGGCCAUCAUCAGGCUGAUAUCGCAACGGUGCGAGAAGCUGAUCGUGAUACUGUCGCCCAGUUUCUUCAAGAGCCCGAUGAACAAGUUCUUCUUGAACUUCACGCAGGCCAUGAGCCUCGAACAGAGGAAGAUCAUACCGUGCCUUUACAAGCCUUGUCCGGUGAUGCCGCCCGAGAUCCGGUGCUACUUCAUGCUGGAUUACACCAAGCCGAGGGUGCUGUGGAACUUCUGGGAUAAGCUGUACGAGUCCAUCAAGACCAAGAAGGCCCCGGCCAACGCCUCGAAUAGGGUGGUGAGGAGGGACCAGCCACCCAGACAGCUGAUAAUAAAGAACAACUCGCAGAGGGACACGGAGUUCAGGCUGAGGGCCCCCAACGUCGCGAUCAAGUCGAACAGCCUGGUCGACCUGACCAAGUCGGAGGCGGACCACAUCCUGCCCGAGGUCAACCUGAUACCGAGCACCAGCGCCAACAGCAUCAGCUUCUGCGAGCCUGAGAAGAAGACCAAGCCCAAGAAGUACAACUGGCUGAAGAAGCUGCUGCCCAAGCAGGUCAAAUACGUGAAGAGGAAACCGGUGGCCGCGACCUAGCGGUAGUUUUUUGGUGUUUUAAGACCGUUUCAAGUGCCUAGACGCCACGCCGUGCCAGUUUAACUUCCCAUAUCUCCACCUGCGCUAUCGAUUUAGUGAUUUCUUCGUUGUUUAUUUUCCGAGGAAGUAAACGUAAUCUGUCACUUUUUUGUGAUUAGAUAAGUGUCAAACUUGGAAAAUCAAGUUUUUGGAGUUUUAUCCAUAGUUAUAUAUUUUGUAAUACGAUGCGAUCGGGGCUGUUUUGAAGUUUGUUUUGAUUGUUGAAACUUUUUUAUCACUUUGACUAUGUUUCUCUGUAACCUUCGUUCCUCUCUCACGGUCUGUUGAAAUCGUUGAGUUUGCGAAACUUGAUUUUCCAUCUCUAGCGUUCUUGUAUUUAUCCGGUUUUUUUCUGGCUUGAACAACUCGAUUAGGACCAAUUGUGGACCAAUCCUCCGAAUUCUGAUCGGAAGUUUUCGCGGGUGAAAACUGUCUGUGAAUAAUUCAGAUCGUCAUAUCAAAAUUUACAGAUUGGAUUGUUGGACCAAACCGUUAGCAAUUAAUUAUUAGGAAUGACAUUUUCAUAAUAUUCUAGGUAAUAUUUUAGUGAAAUAUUGUUUCUUCGAAAGUACGUGAUUGUUUUUUCCCUGAUUGUGGAAAACGUGAAGUGGGUUGUUUUUUUUGAAGCUUGAUCUUAUUUAUGCUUAUUCGAUAAUGAUAUCUAAGUACAAAGUUAUUGCACAAUUUCGGUCUCAUUAUACUCCAUCUAUCGUCAUCUGUAUUCUCAUCUGAAUCCUAAAAUUUUUUUUUUAAUAAAAAUUCAUAAAUA